AUGUCCAAAAGCUCGAAGCAGAGAGGCCACUGGAGCAGCAGGGUCCAUGAAGUGGUGUUAACUCAGGACACACACGUGGAGCUCAGUGUGGAUAUCAGAGGAGGUGCAGAACUCGGUCAGUUCCCCGUGUUUGGGGCUCUGGAUAGGGGGAAGACUGUUCAUAACCCCGGGGAACUUCUGCUGGAGAUUAACGACACCCCGGUGGCCGGACUGACCACCAGAGACGUGAUGGCGGUGUUGAAACACUGCAAACACCCCAUCCGACUCAAGUGUGUCAAAGCAGGAGGAGUUCUAGAUAAAGAUCUCAGGCUCUACCUCAGCCUGCGCUUUCAGAAAGGUUCUCUAGACCACGAACUGCAGCAGAUCAUCCGGGACAACCUGUACCUCCGCACCGUGCCCUGCACGACUCGGCCACCUAAAGAGGGAGAAGUUCCAGGAGUCGACUACAACUUUGUGAGUGUUGAGUGUUUUCUGGAAUUAGAGAGAAGUGGAGCUCUGCUGGAGAGCGGAACAUAUGAAGAUAACUACUACGGCACACCCAAACCCGCGGCGGAGGCAAGCAGUGUGCUGCUGAUUCCCGGCUCGGUCCCAAACGCAGCCCCCAAACGCAGACGCAACAAAUCUGUCAGUAACAUGGAGAAAGCCGGGAUCGAACCGCCUGAGGAGGAGGAGGAGGAGACCCCCGUUGUUAACGGCAACGGAAUCACUGCCACACUCGACUGCAGUGAGCAGGAGGAGCAAAUUUCAGACAGCUCUGGGGACAAACCCCAUACUUACGGGACAGUGAGAGAGGAGAAGGAGGAGACGGACACCGUGAGGGCGGAGUCAGAACAGGAUAAGCCCCGCCCCAAAGAUGAGCUCUGCGACGAGCUCGGGCCUCUGCCUGAUAACUGGGAGAUGGCUUACACCGAGAAAGGGGAGGUGUACUUCAUCGAUCACAACACUAAGACAACAUCAUGGUUAGAUCCCCGACUCGCAAAGAAAGCUAAACCACCGGAGGAGUGCAAUGAAAACGAGCUUCCGUACGGCUGGGAGAAAAUCACUGAUCCAGUUUACGGCAGUUACUACGUGGAUCAUAUAAACAGGAGGACUCAGUUUGAGAACCCGGUUCUAGAGGCUAAGAGGAGACUGCAGAUGCAAAGCCAAGGACUCUCAUCACUUGCAUUGCCUGCUUUAUACAGAGAGAAGCCCCUGUUCACUCGAGAUCCCACGCAGCUGAAGGGCAGGUUCCUCUCGACGACGCUGCAGAAAAGCACCAUGGGAUUCGGCUUCACGAUCAUCGGGGGAGACGAGCCAGACGAGUUCCUGCAGGUAAAGAGUGUGAUUCCAGACGGCCCUGCUGCACAGGACGGAAAGAUGGCUACAGGUGAUGUGAUCGUCUACAUAAAUGAGGUGUGUGUUCUCGGGACGACUCACGCAGAUGUGGUGAAGCUAUUCCAGUCAGUGCCCAUUGGGCAGAGCGUGACCCUGGCACUUUGCCGUGGAUACCCUUUACCCUACGAUGCAGAGGAUUCGGGCAACACCAUAAUCUCUACAUUGGGCCUUAUAGGAGACCGCCCCUUGCUGCUGAAUGGUCGCAACUGCACCACGUACGACACAUAUAUGGAGUACUUAAGCCGCACUGCGCACUUCCUGGAUGACGGCGUCUCUGUGGCAUCGUCGGGGACAGAGCUGAUCGCAGUCACCAUCGUGAAGGGGCCAGACGGGUUCGGCUUCACUGUAGCAGACAGCGAUGGAGGUCAGAGGGUGAAGCAGGUGCUAGAACCUCAGCGCUGCCCAGGUCUGUGUGAAGGAGACCUCAUUGUGGAGAUCAACCAGCGUCCAGCCCUUACACUUUCUCACACGCGGGUAGUGGAAUUGCUGAAGGAGUGUGCAGUCGGAGCCGAGGCCACGCUGCUUGUGCAGAGAGAGAGAGGUCACUUUUCACCUUGGAAGAGUCCCAAGCAGGUUUUGGAGCACUGGGACCCACAGGGUGGUGUUUGUGCCCCUGCCCUGCCCCACACCACCCCCUACCUGCCCUGGCCCUCAGCUACUGACCCCUCUCAGGGCCUUGACCUCAGCAAACCUGACCCCUAUGACCUGUACACCAAAUCCAGGGUUUUGUAUGAGAGUAGGCAACCGGGUCUGCCUCGACCUGUUUACCCAGCAGAACCCUCAACAGCAGAGUUCCAGGAAGUGGAAGUGAAUCUGCAUCGAGAGAAAUCCGGCUUCGGCUUCAGGAUCCUGGGAGGAGAGGAAGCAGGACAACCUGUGAGUCCAGAGGUUCCUGAGAAGAUCCUGAUCGGGGCGAUCGUAGAGAACAGCCCGGCAGACAAAGAUGGCCAUCUGCGUCCAGGAGAUGAGCUGAUUUCAGUGGAUGGUAUUUCUGUGGCGGGAAAACCUCAUCGCCACGUCAUCGAUCUGAUGCACGUAGCGGCUCGGACCGGCCACGUCAGGCUGACGAUACGGAGGAGAGCCCAGGUCACAGGUGACUCGUGUCCUCAGAACGGACGCAGUCCCGGCUCCGUCUCCACGCAGCACAGCUCGCCUCGUAGCGACCUCAACUCUGGAAACUUCUCAAACAGCGGUGGCUGCGGCGGCGUUCCUCCAAACCCCGAACCUAAUGUCGCUCUCCCGCAGCCGUCAGCAGCCAGUCAGGCCAGUGAUGUCAUCAUUGAGCGCAAGGAGACGGAAGGGUUCGGAUUCGUCAUCAUCAGUUCGCUGAACAGGCCGGAAACUGCAGCUGCUGCAGCGGUGCCACAUAAGAUCGGGCGGAUCAUUGAGGGCAGCCCGGCCGAGCGCAGCGGGAAGCUGAAGGUGGGAGAUCGGAUCCUGGCUGUGAAUAAUCAGUCCAUCAUCAGCAUGGCGCACGCUGACAUCGUUAAACUCAUUAAAGACGCAGGGCUGAGUGUCACACUGCGCGUCGUCACACAGGACGAGUCGAGCAGUACUCCCUCUGCUGCCAGCUCAGAGAAACAGAGUCCUCAAGCUCACCCAAGUCCGAUGGCACAGAAUAACCAAGCUGAGACAGACACGCCCCCAAACACACACCCCAGCCCUGUCAAUCAAACCACCCUGACCAAUCAAACAAGCCCUGACAGCCAGCAGAGCCAGCCCACCCAGUCUGCAACUGCCCCAGUGCAGAUAUACACAAAUGAUGGAGGGUACAGGUCAGAGGUCAAAGCUCGUCAGGACGUCAAGCCCGACAUUCGACAGCCUCCCUUCACUGAUUACCGCCAACCGCCCGUGGACUACAGACAGCCUCCUGUAGCGGAGUACACACACACACCACUGCUGGACUACAGACACACUGACCCACGCUCCUACACCAUCACAGAUUACAGACACACACAGAAUUUUGAUUUCUUCACUGUGGAGUUAGAGAAGAGUGUUAAGGGUUUCGGCUUCAGUAUACGAGGCGGACGUGAAUACAAGAUGGAUCUGUUCGUGCUCCGAUUGGCCGACGACGGCCCGGCCAUCCGUAAUGGCAGGAUGAGGGUCGGAGACCAGAUCAUAGAGAUUAACGGUGAGAGCACACGGGAGAUGACACACACUCACGCCAUCGAGCUCAUCAAGUCAGGUGGAAACCGAGUGAGACUGUUGUUGAAGAGAGGAACGGGACAGGUACCAGAAUAUGCAGAUAGCUCCGCCCCCUGGGAUCCUAACCCUACAGCCUCCUCAAGCGUGUCAGAAGUAGCUCCGCCCCCUGAGAGCUUAACUAACACGUCGCCAUCAUCCCAUGUGAACCCAUCUACAGAGCCACCUUGCACGCUUCUGAUCGACACGGAAGCCACCGAAAGCUGCCACCAGGGUGUUAAAGCGCCGGAGAAAGCAGGCACGGGGUCCAGCAGGGGGCAGAACCGGCACCGGGAGGGCAGCAGAACCAGACGCCGAAGCUCGGGUGGGAACAAGGGGCACCAGAAUCGCUCAGACGACACGAAAGCAGAAUCCAACAAGAGCCGAUCCAAAGAGCAGAAACGAGACCUGCCUAAAGCCCCGAGAGGCAAUGCUGAGGUCAACAGGGGCAGCAUGGAGGGUGUCGGAAUCCUGCAGCAGGUCAAAGGGCAAGCGCGAGAGCCAGACAGGGGGACGGGGGAGAGAAAGACGUCCAAAUACAGCAGCAACAUGGCGAGCAGGAAGGCGACCGUGUCCCCAGGGCCGUGGAAAAUCCCCGGAUCGGAUAAACUCCCGAGCAGCCUGCGAUCUGCCUCGUCCACCAUCAGCAGAUAAAACACACACACACACACACACACACACACACACACACACACACACGCACGCUUAGAUUUGUUUUGUUUCGAUUAGCUCACUCAGCCCCGAAGUGACGAUCGAUAUAUCGCACACAGAAAGAAAAAAAAACAGAUCGCCAUCUUGUGGAUGAAGGAAGUCGAUUCAGUUUGAAUCGAUUUGCUCAGAAUCACGAAGACCCCAAAUCCGCCCCCCCCCCCACCUGCACCCACAGACCAGCAUUUUAAAGUUCACAUUUUAUUUCUAAAUUAUUCUUUUCAAAAGACACGACACCGACCACCUUAACAACUGUCUUAUUUCCUCGGUAAAGAAAAUAAAAUAAUGACGACGACGAUGAUGAUGAUGAUGAUGCUGAUGAUGGUGAUGAUGAAGGAUGUAGGAGGAUGAUCGCAGGAGUCUGUUAAUCUCGUGCAUUCUGCCUUAAAAGUAAAUAAACUGCAGAUAAAUCCGGUGGAUGAUUAGAGAAAUAUUAUAUUAUAUUAUAUUAUAUAAAGAGAGAUGAUGUGACCGUGUAAAUAAACUCGGCCUUGUUUCACUCGCAACAACAACACAACCUCCGCUACUCUUCCUCCUCAGAGCCUUCUGAUUGGUCUCCUGCUCCCGUCUGCCGUUAUCCUGUCAGCCAAUCAGCAUCGAGUACGGUGACUUUACUACGCUUCAGGUACUAAAAAUAGGAGAAUAUUUACAGACGUAAUGCUGAGAAAACUUUCUCACUUCUGUCUGGAAAAAAAAUAAGUUCGGUAUAUAAAGGUUAUAAAGUCCGAUUUGCAGAAUAUUUGUUUGUGUUCUUUUUGCUCGUGUGUGUUCAGAGAAAAUGUCUGAGAAUAUUAUUGUCGAUCGUCUCGAAAGGUUCUAAAAUCUUUCGACGUUGUUUAUCGGACGUUUGGUAAAGUUUCGUGUAAAAGUGUUUUGUUUUUUUUUUAAGGAAAAAAAUCGCACCAUGUUUAUUGAAGUCAGACAGAUUUUGUGGAUAAAAUAGCAGAUGAUAAAUUACGGAGUGCAGACAUUUAGCCACGCCCACACAUCUCCAUAAAAGGCAAACAGUCCUCGUGUUAUAGGGUGGCAGCUAAACUACAGCGGUCAUUAGACUAGCCCCGCCCCGACGGUCUCUGAUUGGCUGAGUGGUAUUACGUCACCUCGAGCGAACUGAAACAGACACGACGUCAUUUCAAUAAACAAACGGAAGUGAAUUUCUCUUUUCUUCUUUUUCUGAACUAUAAUUUUCCUUCGCAGCGUCCUUUAACUCGGAUACACUUAUUUUCACAAGAAGACGCGGUCGAUUCCUGACAUUCCAGCUGCUACACUACACUCUGUUACCUGAGCUUCUAUUUUCAUACAGAGAAUAAAAGGACAAAAUACAGAACGUCUACACAAACACCUUAUAACUCAUAUACAGGACAUAGAGAAAUAUAUAAAGAGUUCUACAACGAGUGAAACGAUGAUGUUGCACUUUUAUUUUGCAGUUAAUAAAUAAACAACCAUAAAAUAUACAAAGAUUAUUUUUAUUUAAAAAUGUAUUCUAGAAAGAUUGUGUUUUUGUGCUCACUUCACCUGGAAAAUAUGCAUUUUUUUUCAGCCCGUAAUUUAUUUGUGUUUGUUUUCUUAUAUAUGCAAAAUGUCUCCUUGACGAUGACGAUGAAGAUGAUGAUGAUAGUGAUGAUGAUGAUGAUGAUGAUGAUGGUAGUAAUUAUGAUGAUAGUGAUGAUGAUGAUAAUGAUAGUGAUGAUAAUAGUGAUGAUGAUGAUAGUAGUGAUGAUGAUGAUGAUGAUGAUGAUAGUGAUGAUGUUGAUGGUAGCAGUGAUGAUGAUGAUGAUGAUGAUGGCAGUAAUGUUGAUGAUGAUGAUGAUUAUAGCAGUAAUGAUGAUGAUGAUGAUGAUGAUGAUGAUGAUGAUGAGUCACAUGAGGUUUGAUUCUGGGGUUUAAAAAAAUCAGAUUUUUAAAAAAAAUGUAUUUUUAAUAAAUCACUUUAAAUGACUAUCAGUUCUACAGAAAUACUGUAUAUCACAUUAUAUAUAGAAAUAUAAAGCUCUAUAAAAAAGAGUGCCUAUGAAAUGAUCUUCUGUGUGAGAUGAAAAACUUGUUGGGGGAAAAAAAGCCGGAAAUUUCUGGAAUUGAGACUUUUUUUUUACUGCAAUCGAUUGUGACGUUUCUGUCUCAGAUCUCUGGCUGUAUCGGUGUUUUUUCUGUUUAAAGACCGAACAUGACAUAAGUGCAAUGUAGCAGUGUGUAUCACGUCAUCUUACACACACACACACACCCACACACACACCCACACACACACACACACACACACAUCAGUACAGCUGAGAGUUGAAGAGAGAAAACAAAGAUGAGUUUGACGACACACAGAAAUCUGAUUUAAAAUCUGAUUACUUGGUAAAUUCACGUGAUGAGUGACGUGACGCUCCGUACAACACGUCACACUUCAGAAACCAGCAGCCAAAUAUCUACAAACUCACCUCUUUACACAAACACGACUCAUAAUAAACCACAGUGUGUGUGUGUGUGUGUGUGUGUGUGUGUGUGUGUGUGUGUGUGUGUGUGUGUGUGUGUGUGUGUGUGUGUGUGUGUGCGUGCGCGUGUGAGAUUAUUUUCCCAUAACAGCACACAGUGAUUCCAGUUUUGAAUUCAUUAAAAUACACUUUGUACUUUUUACCUGUUUAUGUUUACCUUUGAGGUUCUCACACGAUCACAGCUCCAAACAAACCUGCACCAGUGAGAGGAACAAAAACAUGUGGCUUGUGAUUCAUUGUCACUGAGACACUGAGACACUGAGACAUUGAGACACUGAGACACUGGAGGCUCCUUCCACUAACUCCUUAAAAUAAUGCUUAUAAUAAUGUUACAAUAGCAACAAUCUGGCAACCUUCCUCAAAAACGGAUUAUUAUUAUUAUUAUUAUUAUUAUUAUUAUUAUUAUUAUUAUUAUUAUGAGCUGUCUGUCUGUCUGUCUGUCUAUCUAUCUAUCUAUCUAUCUAUCUAUCUAUCUAUCUAUCUAUCUAUCUAUCUAUCUAUCUAUCUAUCUAUCUAUCUUCUAUCUAUCUGUCUCUCUGUCUGUCUCUCUGCCUGUCUGUCUGUCUCUCUGUCUAACACAGGCAAUAUUUGAUUCCUUCAUUUUAUUUGGGACUGUAAAGCAGCACACAGACUGGCCAGACUUCGCCACAGCUAUAGAUUCUGAUUGGUCAGCGAGUAUCGACCUCACUAACUAACACACACACACACACACACACACACACACACACACACACACACACACACACACACACACUUUCCUACAAACUCUCAGGUUUAUUAAUCGUCUUAAAUCUCUACAGUGAUUCAUCCUUCUCUAUCUAUCUGUCUAGACUAACUAACUAACUAACUAACUAACUAACUAACUAACACACACACACACACACACGCACACACAAGAAUAUGAUAUUUUAUAUGAUCCACAAUCUACACACUGAUCUACAUUUUUGUUGUUGUUCUGAACCGAAUGUAACUAUAAACGGAUAAAAACUGUAACCUGUAGUUAAAUUCAACACUGUAAUCGUUGGUAAAUUGCUGCAGCAGCAGAAAAAUAAAACACUUCUGUUAUGGGAAAAGAAUCAGCCUCAGGGUGGUGCAACACACACACACACACACACACACACACACACACACACACACACACACACACACACACACACAGGGUUUUUCUCCUUAUAGUCCACAAGAAUUUGUUCUUUCAGGUUUUUAUGACAUCACUAACACUAUUGUCAAGCUUUUGAUGUAUCUGAUUGUUGGCAUGACGACGACAACGAUGAUGAUGAAAACGAUGAUGAGGGACUGGGAUCUGAAUCACUGUGUAAUAUUCUAUACUAUUAGACAAUACUUUAGACACACACACACACACACACACAAACACACACAAAGACUGUACAUCAGCUAUUUUUUAUGAAAUGCAUCUCUACAGAUAUAAUAACUUUUGCAGGACGACUUGUUUAUUGUAUAAAUACUGACAAAUAAAAUCUUGCUAUGGUGUAAAAUA